AGAACGCUAACCGUUAUUACUGUCACGUGACUCCUACUGGAUGUAUAUGCUUGUUUAUCAAAUUUAAAUCCAAAUAAGAAUGAAUUUGUGAUGCUAUAUGAAUUAUUUACAAUUAUUUUGGGUUUAUUCGUGCUUUUUAUUUGUCGAGUAAAGUUUCUUUUGUUAAAAACAUCAAAAAAAAAUGUUAACGUGGCGAAACAAUCUUGCAGAAUAAUGAUUAUCAUUGGUUCAGGUGGUCAUACAGCUGAGAUGAUGCGACUUGUUAAUAGUUUAUCAAAUAAAUAUUAUCCACGUGUGUAUGUGUUAGCUGAAAGUGAUAAACAAAGUUUAAACAAAAUUACUGAGUAUGAACAGAUAAAAUUCAACAAAGAGCCAAAUUUUGAACGAAUAUAUCGUAGCCGUGAAGUAAACCAAUCCUGGUUUUUAACAUUGUUCACAAGUCUAUUUGGCUGCUUCCAAGCUUUUUUUAUUCUUUUGAAGCAUAAACCAGAUCUGGUUUUGUGCAAUGGUCCUGGUACAUGUGUUCCUCUAUGUUUUGUUGCAUUUUUAUUAAAGGUUGUCUUCUUAAUUAACACAAAAAUUGUAUUUGUUGAGAGUAUAUGUCGUGUUAAAUCAUUAUCUCUAACUGCAAAGAUUUUAUAUUUAUUUGCCGAUCGGCUGCUUGUUCAAUGGUCUGAUCUCCUUUUAAAGUAUCCUAAAGCUGUUUACAUUGGAAAGCUUGUAUAGCGUUGAAUAAUAUAUAGCAUAAAAUCUA